CCAAGAUGGCGGAGCCCAGGGGCUGAAGGAGGUGCUGUUUGGGUGCUGGUUGCGAGGGCUGGAAGAACGGAAAGAUGAAGGUUGUCAAUCUAAAACAGGCCAUUCUCCAGGCCUGGAAAGAGCGGUGGAGCGAUUACCAGUGGGCCAUAAACAUGAAGAAAUUCUUCCCCAAAGGAGCCACGUGGGACAUACUUAACUUGGCAGAAGCUCUUCUUGAACAGGCCAUGAUUGGCCCAUCACCCAACCCACUGAUCUUGUCCUAUCUGAAAUAUGCAAUCAGUUCCCAGAUGGUGUCUUAUUCCACCGUCCUGACGGCCAUCAGUAAGUUCGAUGACUUCUCCCGAGAGCUCUGCGUCCAGUCCCUGUUGGAGAUCAUGGAUAUGUUGUGUGAUCGGCUCAGCUGCCAUGGCAAAGCGGAGGAGUGCAUUGGCCUAUGCCGGGCCCUGAUGAGCGCCCUCAACUGGAUGCUGCGCUGCGCGGCCUUCUAUACGGAGAAGUUCAAAGAGAUGCUGGACCAGGCGGCUGCUGAGAACCAGCUGAAAAUGUGCCUGGAGCGGCUGGAGAAGAUCCUGGGGAGCGCCAAAAACCGGGCCCUGAUUCACAUCGGCAAGCUGGAAGAGACGUCUUCGUGGAGCACCAUAGAGCAGUCGCUGAUCAAACUGGGGGAGAAUCUGAGCAGCCUCAGCCACCCCCAGCUGCGCAGCCAGGCAGACGAGUGCAUUUCCCUGAUCAAGAGCAUACCCACCAUGCUCUCAGCCCACUCCGAGCAGCUGAACAAAACCGGCUUCCCCACCGUGCAUGCCGUGGUGCUGCUGGAAGGAACCAUGAACCUCACGGGAGAGACCCAGCCUCUCGUGGAACAGCUGAUGAUGGUGAAGCGGAUGCAGCGCAUUCCUUCACCGCUUUUUGUGCUGGAGAUCUGGAAAGCCUGCUUCGUGGGCCUGAUCGAGUCCCCGGAGGGGACGGAGGAGCUGAAAUGGACGGCCUUCACCUUCCUUAAGAUCCCUCAGGUUCUGGUUAAACUAAAGAAAUACCCCCAGGGAGAGAAGGAUUUCACCGAGGACGUGAAUUGUGCCUUUGAGUUCCUGCUGAAACUCACCCCUCUGCUGGACAAAGCUGAUCAGCGAUGCAACUGUGACUGUACCAGUCUGCUCCUGCAGGAGUGUAGCAAGCAGGGACUGCUGUCUGAGGCCCACAUGACCAACCUGGUCGCCAAACGGACGGCCGACCGGGAGCAUGCGCCACGCUUGAAAUCGGCAGAGAAUGCCAACAUCCAGCCCAACCCGGGGCUCAUCCUGAGAGCCGAGCCCACUGUCACCAACAUCCUCAAGACCAUGGAUGCAGAUCACUCCAAAUCCCCCGAGGGGCUACUCGGUGUCUUGGGCCACAUGCUCUCUGGGAAGAGCCUGGAUCUGCUGUUGGCAGCUGCGGCAGCGACGGGGAAGCUGAAAUCUUUUGCUCGGAAGUUCAUCAAGCUGAAUGAAUUUACCAAGCACAUCAGCGGAGAAGGCUCCAAAGCUGCCUCCGUCAGGGCCCUGCUGUUCGACAUUUCCUUCCUCAUGCUGUGCCACGUCGCUCAAACCUACGGCUCUGAGGUGAUCCUCUCCGAGUCCAGCCCCACUGGGGAGGUGCCGUUCUUCGAGACCUGGAUGCAGACCUGCAUGCCGGAGGAGGGGAAAAUCCUCAACCCAGAUCAUCCCUGCUUCCGGCCCGACUCGACCAAGGUGGAAUCGCUGGUCGCUCUGCUGAACAGCUCCUCGGAAAUGAAGCUGGUGCAAAUGAAGUGGCACGAGGCAUGUCUGAGCAUCUCGGCGGCCAUCCUGGAGAUCCUCAAUGCCUGGGAGAACGGAGUGCUCACCUUUGAGUCGAUUCAGAAAAUCACGGAUAACAUCAAAGGGAAGGUGUGCAGCAUGGCCGUGUGCACCAUGGCCUGGCUGGUGGCCCACGUCCGCAUGCUGGGCUUGGACGAGCGAGACAAGUCGCUGCAGAUGAUCCGGCAGCUGGCCACGUCCCUGCAAAGCGAGAACACACUGCAGUUCUACAACGAGCGCGUGGUGAUAAUGAGCUCCAUCCUGGAGCGCAUGUGCGCCGACGUCCUGCAGCAGACGGCGACGCAGAUCCGAUUCCCCUCCACGGGGACGGACCCCAUCCCCUACUGGAACCUGCUGCCCCCUAAGAAGCCCAUCAAGGAGGUCCUGACGGGCGUGUUCACCAAGGUGCUGGAGAAGGGCUGGGUCGACAGUCGCUCCAUUCACAUCUUCGACACGCUGCUGCACAUGGGGGGCGUCUACUGGUUCUGCAACAACCUGGUCAAGGAGCUGCUGAAGGAAACCCGCAAGGAGCACACGCUGCGGGCCGUGGAGCUCCUCUAUGCCAUCUUCUGCUUGGACAUGCAGCAGCUGACGUUAUCCCUGCUCGGCCACAUCCUACCCAGCCUGCUCACCGAUUCCUCCAAGUGGCACACCCUGAUGGACCCGCCUGGCAAGGCCCUUGCCAAGCUCUCUGUCUGGUGCGCCCUGAGCUCCUACUCCUCCCACAACAAGGGCCAGGCAUCGGCCAGGCAGAAGAAGAGGCACCGAGAGGACAUAGAGGACUACAUUAGCCUGUUCCCACUGGACGACACCCAGCCGUCCAAGCUCAUGCGCCUGCUGAGCUCCAACGAGGAGGAUCCCAAUGUUCUGUCCAGCCCUACAGAUCGUUCGAUGAGCAGUUCGCUCUCUGCCUCCCAGCUUCACACCGUCAGCAUGAGGGACCCUCUCAACAGAGUCCUAGCGAACCUCUUCCUGCUGAUCUCCUCUAUCCUGGGGGCCAAGACAGCCGGCACGCAUACCCAGUUCGUCCAGUGGUUCAUGGAGGAGUGCGUGGACUGCUUGGAGCAGGGCAGCCGCGGGAGCAUCCUGCAGUUCAUGCCCUUCACAAUGGUGUCAGAGCUGGUGAAAGUGUCCACCAUGUCCAGUCCCAAAAUUGUCCUGGCCAUCACGGAUCUCAGCUUGCCCCUGGGUCGCCGGGUCGCUGCCAAGGCCAUUGCUGCUUUGUGAACACGGCUCCCCCUUCCGCGAUGCUGCGUGAGGGGAAGGCGGGACAGAAGCCAGGGGAGCUAGGAAAAGUGGCCAAUGGAUCGUCUCUGGCUGCAUGGAUCCCGCCUGUUCUCCGUGCCAGGGGGACACCAUUACAGUGGACUCUGAGUCUAGCAGUGCCUCAUUCCCAGGAACAGCCGGGUGGCUGGAGAAGCACCUUUCCCCAGCACUCGGCGUGUUAGAGGUACCAUUCUCUCCAGCCCACGCGGGAUUGUGGUUCCCUAUCGUCGUCUGAUGCCGAAUGCUGUUUGGCUGUUGCUCGGAUCUUUUUUCCUAAUGUUUUAAGACCUAGUUCUUUAUUCUCAUAAAGCCCAGAUGCUCGGGGCUUUCCUAAUAGCCUUUGUGCCAAGACGUGGUGUCUCGGGAGACUGAUGGUUUCCCUGGGGGCCCAGUAGCUGGUAUAUUUCUCCACUUGCUGUUGGGGUCUGCGGAGUUGUGACUGAGUCCUGGACUCCUGUUGAGCAAAACAUCCUGCACGCGGGAACCGGAGCUGAAGAAUGGCUACGGGGACCCCGCGGCUGCUCGACGCCUUCCUGCCUCCAGCGCGUGCAGCUUUAUCCGCUUCAUCCAUGGACCAGUGACUCUGAAACAAAUGUGUCCGGGGCCUUCAUCUCCAGACACCCAACUGAAAAGCAGCCACCCGACAUCUUGUCUGUAGCAAAGGUGCUACCUGCUGCGACUUACAGAUCCCAGGGGUUUCUGAAGUGGUAUUUUUAAAUCUAUAGGGGCUGCAUAACUAUUAUUGCUAGAUUAAAAAAGGGAGGCGUUGUGGUGGUUUCUUCUGUAGCCUUCUCGGGUGCAAUCCUCUGCUGGUUUGGGAGUCUUCAAAGUCCAACUUCGCAGCCGCCACGGCUCUGCAAGCAAAACGUUGCAGCAGAUCGUUCAUGCUUCCCUCCUGUUCUGAUUAGCUCCAUCACGUAACGUCGCCUGCCCAUGUGUCGGCAGGGAGUGCCCGGAUUCCUGUGGGAAUACAGCUCAGAACUGGAUCCUGGCUAGAUUUACCCCGGCUCCUAAGUUUUGCUAAGAUAAGCAGCUAGAACAGUGCAAGGGAGGGCAGAGACGGCACCGCUGUCGCAGGGGGAAGAGGUGCCAGUUACUGCUUGUGGAAGACAGCAAAUAAUACUAUGGCUUGGAGCCAGCUAUUUGCUGUGCUCGCUUCCCCCAUGCAGUUCUGCCGAUGCCCCUCAGCCCGACCUGCUCCAGUCCCUGCCCCGGGCCUGUCCUGAGCAGGUGCUGCCAAUCAAUCCAGAUAUCCCUGCGGCUCCGCAGUACAUGCCUUCACUGAGCCUGGGCAGCGAUGAGCCAAACUCGCUUCUGCCACGUGGCACAAGCUGAGUUCAAGUCUGCGGGCAAUGCUGGUUCAUCCCAUGUGACGCCAGAAGGGGAAUUUCAAGCAUGGAAUUUGCCCUCACGCCUUCAUAGGUUGAAACGCUCCUUCCCCUUCUGCCAGCCAGUGUAUUUCUGACACCGUGUAAGACGCCUGUCGUGUGCUACGACUGACUUGUACCAUGUCUAAUGAGCCUUCUCCUGGGCUUGCAUAAACCCACAAUAAACCGCUGAGAGCAGAUCGCUUUCUGUGGCAUUUCUCUCCCGUCGCCAAGCAGAGGAUGGAACUAGCGAUUCUGAGAUACAGUAAACCGAAGUGCGAGCGCACCUUACAACUUUCAAAUGCUCCUUCUUUCUCCGUUCAGCCUGGUGCUUUUCUCCUCCUUCCUAUAACGCAGCCUUAUUGUGCUGCGGGGCUUGCCUGCUUUUUCCAGCUGUUCAUGAAGCCAGCCUAAAACCUGCCCAUUCCCCUCUCCUGGUGGAAUGCAUCGCGACGGGAAAGCGGGGUAGAAUGAUUUAACGCAAUCUUAAUGUAAGGGAGUCCGGAGCUUGCCGUCCCCAACCAGAGGAAACCAACAUUGCUUGCAAGAAGAAAGGAUUCUUACCCUCGCUGAAGUCUUGCCCUGUGUUCCACCCCAGAGGCAGCAGCAUUAUCUCAAUCUGUAUCAUCUGUAAUUCCCUUUGGACUGUUUUGUGCCUAACAGAUUUAUAUUUUAUCCAUUCCUGAUGCUUUCAGAUCUGCGGUUCAUGACUCUUACGUACAAGAUGGAUUUUAAAAAUAAAAAUACCUCUCUAAGGAGAGAACAAGAUCUAUGCAUAGG